CCCGCCAAGCCGGUAGAGCCCCAUACCUGGCCCGUCCCCCCCGUCCGCUAACCCCUUGCCCUCGCGCGUCGUGCCGCUGGCGAGUCACCAAGGCCCUCUCGUCACCUCGGAGCUAAGCCGUAUGUGAAAGAUAUUUGAUCUGCCUAUUUCAGCAGCCAACCGGCGUCGUGGGUUUCCAUUCACUCUGUUGGUGUGGUCAGUGACAAGGCGGCUACCUCUCUCUCUAGAUCUCUUGACAGACUUCUCUACUUUUUCAUUUUGAAUCUGUGUUGUGCGCGUUCCUCCGUCCACAGUAAAUAUGGCCGAUCAGCUGAAUGAAGAACAGAUCGCAGAGUUCAAAGAGGCGUUCAGCCUGUUCGACAAAGAUGGCGACGGCACCAUCACCACCAAAGAGCUGGGCACAGUCAUGAGAUCCCUGGGACAGAACCCCACAGAGGCCGAGCUACAGGACAUGAUCAACGAGGUGGACGCUGAUGGCAACGGCACCAUCGACUUCCCCGAAUUCCUUACGAUGAUGGCCAGAAAAAUGAAAGACACAGACUCCGAGGAGGAGAUCAGGGAAGCCUUCCGGGUCUUCGACAAGGACGGUAACGGUUUCAUUUCUGCCGCCGAGUUGCGUCACGUGAUGACGAAUCUGGGUGAGAAGUUGACGGACGAGGAGGUGGAUGAGAUGAUCCGGGAGGCUGAUGUCGACGGAGACGGACAGGUCAACUAUGAUGAAUUCGUAAAGAUGAUGACGUCAAAGUAAAGAGUUUCACCAACGCAACCCAAUACUCUCAUCGACAGAACGCAUCCCCAGGUGUACCACAUUAUGAUUACCUCCCUUGUAAUGUUUGUUUAGGCCCUCUUGUUGGGUUUUCAGAAACAUUUUAUAAGGAAUAAGAAAGCAGUAUUGUCCAUUUCUAAAAUGUUGAAAUGUUAAUUUCACGACUUGCAGGCUACUACCAAGUUCAUGUGCCUUUAGGUAUAGUGUCAACUUCCCAAGGAUUUUUUUUCUUGGCAAGGGUUAAUGGACCGAGGUCACUGCCUAAUGUUUUGACAUACUACACGUAAUAUGGUAUGCCUGGUUUCCUUUCAUUUUUCUCAAGCUCAUUAUUUAUAUGACUUUAUUUCUAAUGCAAAUCUAUAAAUACAAAAGUUAUGUAUCACUUAA